AUGACAGAGUUUAUAGAGCUUAGUCUCUCGCAGACGGAGCGCGGCUCUGUGGACAGAAAGGGCCAUAGACGGUCGAAGAACGGGUGCAUGACGUGCAAGAUCCGCAAGAAACGGUGCGACGAACAAAGACCCAGCUGUGGGGCGUGCAUCCGGCUCAAGAAGGAGUGCAAGUACGUGAGCGAGGAGAUGACGAAGGAGGAGGUGCAGCGGCUGCGGCGGGAGUGCAAGAUCUUGGAAGCCGAGCGCAAAUGUCGCCGUCGCAAGCCGCAGCAGCCUAGACCCAAGACGGAGCCUGUGGGCGAGCCCCUGGGCGGGAACAAGGUCGUUUUCAACCCGCUGUCGGAGAUGAGCACCGUUUCCGGCCCGCACGCGGCGGCAGUUUCUGUGUGGAACGCAUUUGACGGCAUGGAGCAGCUGGAGAUAAAGCAAAGUGCCGAGCCGGGCCAGUUGGUGAGCAUGCAGCUCAGUCCGUCCUCGUUUGCGGCGAAUUUCUCACCGAAUUUCGCCAAGUUCCUGAACGAGCUGCCCCUGGACGAGGGCCGACGGCCGUCUGCUUCCGGGGACAUGACGCCGCUGCAGCUGGAGACCCCGCCCUCCCGUGGGCAAGCAGCUGUACGAGUACUACCGCGACAACCUGUGUCACGUGGUGUCGGUGGUGCGCAAGAACGAGAACAUGUACCUGCGCACGUUUCUGCCCAUGGCACACAUGGACAAGAGCGUGCUGUACGGGAUUCUGGCCUGGAGCGCGUUCCAUCUGGGCGGCAGCAGGAUGGAGCAACAGGGCCAGUACUACAUCAACCGGGCGAUCGAGGUGAUUGGAGAGCGGCCGCUGCUGCCGAAUGA